CUUAUAGAGGAAUGACAUUUGUCAAAGUCAGCAAAAAAAUUGCUAACCUACUCCUGCUUGAUUGAGAAAUUUAUCAAAUAAAUGGAAAUAUUUUGCACCAAAUCAAGCAUCCGCAUUUAACGCGUGGUUAAGUAAAUUCCUGAAGAUAAUCUAUGCGGUAAAUGCUGGCUUUCUAAAACUCUGAACAAGGUAGUUUUUUGGGUAGUGCGCGCCGGUGAAACUGAUCAUGGCGAAUCCGUCGUCAGGCGUUGUUGUUCCUCGGAACUUUCGUCUUCUAGAAGAGCUUGAGCAAGGCCAAAAGGGAGUGGGUGAUGGCACUAUAUCAUGGGGCCUUGAGAGUGAUGAUGAUAUGACCCUUACUCAUUGGACUGGGAUGAUAAUUGGACCUCCCAGGACUCCAUAUGAAAAUAGGAUGUAUUCUCUUAAAGUUGAAUGUGGCACUAGAUACCCGGAUGAGCCUCCUACUGCUCGAUUUAUCUCUAGGAUCAACAUGAACUGUGUGAACAGUCAGACUGGGCUUGUGGAUAACAGGCAAGUCCCGAUCCUUGCGCGAUGGCAGCGUGACUACACGAUCAAGACAGUUCUGCAGGAACUGAGACGUCUCAUGACACUCAAGGAGAAUAUGAAGCUUUCGCAGCCGCCAGAGGGAAGCACUUUCUAGUUCCUCUCUCAAUAUACAUGUCUCAGUACACCCCAAUCUAUUCACUCUGAUCCACUGCUUGCAAUACCUAGUACAAUCAACUGCUAAGUUGGUAUUGUAAUUAAUUUAAAUAUAUAUAUUGUCUAAACUAUCUCAACUAUUGUACUGUUUUAGUUAAGAAUACUUUUCUGUCUCCAAACUUACUGACUUGUUUCGUGAUGCAUUUAUUAACUCAGUCUGCUCUAUGGUAAAUAUUAUUUUAUAAUUUCACGAUAGAUUGGGUGAAUUGUAACUUGUAAGAAUCAUUUAUAAACGGCUCUUGGUACCCACUUAGAGGGUAACACCCAUUUAUUUAUCAUAUUACCUAAAAAUUAUUGUGGCCUUUGAGAAAGUUAAACUUGCUUUUGGUAUAAUUAAGGCUAGCUCUACCACCAUCUUGAUUUAGGUAAGUGAUCCUGUGCCCAUACUAGUUAACAACUGCAUUUAUAUCUGCAUACUUGCACUUAUGCAGACAAAGACCUAAGUUCAAGUUGUUUAUGAUUAUGGGCAUAUUUAUUUUUAAACUAUUAUCAUUAUCACUCUGAAUUUAUGGGUUGAAAUUCUCAUUUCUAUGAAAUUUCAAUUGAUUAACAUUAUACUGAAUUUAUGUGAGAGAAAAUUGCUUAAUUUUUCUUAUAGUUUAACAUGAUCAAGUGUAAAAUAUUUUAGGAAAUUUUUAUUUCUUAGGCACAUAAGAUAAAGUACUACUGGUUCUUUAUAGAGCUUUGCAUCAUAUUUGAAUGUUUGUCUGAAACACGAACAAUGCAUAUAAUGCAACAGGCGAGAGCCAGGCGGCUCGAGCGCCUGCCGCCCGCGCCACUCACUCCACAUACUUUAGCUCCCAUUAUCCACUAUGCGUGAAUUAUUGUUACAAACCAAAUGCUAAGUCAAAUUGUUUCAUAGCAUUAAUAUUUUUACCAAUGUAUAACUAGCAAAGGUAAAUAAAUCAAAUAAUACUGUCGUA